UGACAUAGGUCUUGAAAUCAAGUCGACGCAAGCGACUUGAUUUCAAGACCUAUGUCAACAAUAUAAAAAAGGGCUGAUCGAUAUUUGCUGUUGGAGUCCAGUAUUUUUUCACUUCACUUCCUGGUUGCCGCCAUGGGUGUGGGAAACGAGUUGGCAUACCUGCUAAUUCUGGCGAUAUAUAUCGUACCGUCCUUAACUUCAAUAACAUACACUGGACACGUGCGCACGUAUACCGUGGUAGGCAGAACAGUCAGAAUUAGAUAUUACACAACCAGCUGUGGGUUUUGGGGUUGGGGUAGUUGCGGGAGAACAGCUUAUUAUACAUCCACACACACAGAAUAUCGUCAAAGGUGCGACACUGGUUGGAUCGCUGACCGGUCAAAUGCUUGUAUUAUCCCUGUUUGCAGUGUCAGUUGUAAAAAUGGUGGGACUUGUGUAGCACCCAACAGUUGCAUCUGCCCUUCUACACACUAUGGCUCAUACUGUCAGAACAGCCAGUGUUCUUGGAAGUUCCCAUGUUACCCAGGUAUUUGCAGUUAUGGUACUAACUGUAGGUGUACACCUGGAUUUGGAGGAGCGCACUGUGGAAGUGUUAUCAGUGAUUCCCAAAGCCCAACCAUUACAUCCUGUAAGGCAACCAUGAGUGACCGGACAGGAAGUAGGGAUCACUUGGUGGCAGUUGCCAGCUGCCCAUCUAACACAACCAUUUAUGUGAAGAAACAAGAUUGGAACCACAUGCGAGUAGAGUGGACAAGUAGAUAUAGUUUGACCACAGCACCACCUCGUCCUUCUUACAUUAGGGGUAUACUGCUUGGAAUUGUGGGAGGGAGUGUUCACCUGAGGUGGCAUAGUCAAGAUGGAAGAUACCUUUUUUCUCAAACUCUUCCCUGUGUAAAUGGUGAUAGUGAAAGUAAGCCUAAUCACGGCAUCUCCAGUUGCAGUGUGGAAUACAGUUUUCCCAGACAUAGCAUACAGCAUGAAGACAGGUUAGAAGUCGGCAUAUCAAGCAAGAAUGGAGGCUACAAGGCUGUGUUCAAUACAGAUACUAGUUCAGUUACAAACAUUGCUAUCACAGGACGAGACACAACCAAGAAUUUAACAUACAUCUUUGACUUUGAAGAACCAAAGCAUAUUUGCCGUGACCUAGGAAAAUGUGCUGAUAAUGACUCUGCCUUAAUGAUUUAUGUGGCAAAAAAUGGAACAUGGCCUCAGUUAGAGAUCCAGUGGGCUAACUGGGUAGAUGUGACAUCUGGUAUUGAGAAGUACAUCUACACCAUCAACCGUGGCAGCUUACAAAGUGGUUCACCUGUGUAUACAAAUAAGGAAUGGAGAAGUGGAAGUCCUUGGCCAAUAUACACUUUGGAUACAGGAACUUAUACUAUUAUUCUGAAAGCUGUGGACAGAGCUGGAAAUGAGGCAACUGUAAUUAAAGAGAUCAAUGUUGAUGAUCAACUGCAAACUGUCAGUCCAAAUAUGUGUCGCAGCCAGAACUGUUACCCUGGAUUUUGUGCCCCAGACACUGGGAAAUGUGUGUGCACAGCUGGAUUCAGUGGAGACAACUGUAAUACAAUUAGUGGAGCUAUCCAAGAUCCUACCAUCAAGACAAUACAGAUUAUGCUGAGUGCAAAUGACAGCCUUCCCUUUAUGUAUGAGAAUGCAGCAGAGAAAUCAAACCUCAUCAAUCUGUACACCAAUAAGCUUGACUUGGCAGAUUUGAAGUUGACAUGGGAUGCUGCAUACAGAAUGAUAGGGGACUUGCCAUCAAGACCACCAUCUGUAUCCGACUUCAAGUUAGGACUUGUUUCCUGUAAGGCUGAAAUAGAAAUUGAGUCAGUUGGAGGUGGUGCCAAAAAAGAGGCCACUCUGGACUGUCUUAAAGCUGACACCUCUUUGGAGUCCUUUGUACCCUGCAGCCAAACCCACAGACUGUCUGGUUCUAGAAAAAAACGGGACAAACUAAAAAUUGUCCUCAAAGCUAGCAAUGGUGGCCACAAAAUUGUUUCUGGUCGAAAUGUUAAAUACCAAGGAAGAACAGUUCAGCGCCAAAUCAACAUCCACUAUGAUACUGAAGCUCCGUAUUAUAACUGUGCUGCUGGCUCUGGGAAAUGUGAAGAUGAGGAAUUGAAAGUAGCAGUUGGACAACAAAAGAGUAUAAAUGAGAAAAAAAUACUUUUGACCUUAUCAUGGGGUGAUAACUGGAAGGAUGCAUUGUCUGGCAUUGCCAAGCUUCAUUACUUCAUAUACACCUACCUAAGCACCAAAGAAAUAGGAUUGGAGGAUGUUCCUCUUGCAAAUGGCUCUUGGACAGCUGGAGACAGGUUUCCAACAUAUGAUGUGAAAAGUGAUAAAGCUGCGUUUACUGUUGUGCUCCUAGUGCUGGAUAAGGCUGGGAAUAAUAUCACAGUGAGGCGAGAUAUUGAUUUGACCAGUCCAAGAGUGGCAGCUUUGCUUGGAAAUGUGCCAAAUGAUAAAGAAGAGGAUAAAAGUGGACUUCUAACAUUGCCAAUCUUAUUCAUAAUACUGGUUGUUGCUGUGGUGGUGCUGGGAGUUGUGGCAGUAGUUCGUCGGAGGCAUGGUCAUCCAUGGUUAUGGAAAGAUGAAAACUUAAAAUUCUGGCGACAAAAAAAUAGGCGGGAAAAUGCAAGUGCAAGUUACAAUAACUAUACUUACCAUGAAGAUGAAGACCAGGGCAUUUACUAUGAGAGUGAGGCAUAUGGCAGAAGUGUGGAGAUUUCCAGCAGCCAUAUUGUUCUGGGAGACACACUCUGCAAUGGCCAUUUUGCCAUAAUAAGAUAUGCUGAGUGGACUCCUGAUAGACAGAAUUCUAUGGCAGUGAUUGCAAAAGUGUUGAAAGAUGCCAACAGUAAGGCAGACAGGCAGUUGAUGUUGGAUAAGAUAGAGUUUGUUGGAGAUGUUCCUCGUCAUGAGAAUGUUCUGGCCAUGCUUGGAAAGGUGACUAGUGACCUUCAGACAGGCCCAUACAUGAUCCUGGAGUACUGCAGAAAUGGUUCUCUACGUGACUGGUUGCUGGCACAGAAGGCAAAGGGAGGUGAACUGAGCGCUGACACUGCUGAUCGUAUGACGGAGUAUGCUGUACAAAUAGCAUCAGGGAUGGAACAUCUGAGUAACAAUCUGAUUGUCCACAAGAGGCUGAUGUCCAAGAAUGUCCUACUCAAUGGUAGAAUGGUUGCGAAGGUGAUGGGAUUUGGUCCCGAGGGAAAAGAUGCAGCCAAAAAUAAGAGCCGUUUACCCACCAAAUGGAUGGCCUUGGAAAUUCUGCAGGAUCCACAGCUGAAAUAUACCACUGCGUCUGAUGUCUGGGCCUUUGGUAUCACUUUAUGGGAGAUAUACAGCCUGGGUGACAUCCCCUAUCCUACUGGACACAAGGACAAACUGAUAACCGUGCUGGAGAGUGGAACCCGCCCUGACAAGCCUGUAGAGUGCCCAGAUGACAUCUACAACCAAGUGAUGCUGAAAUGCAUGUACCAUGAUCCAAGCAAGCGUCCAUCAUUCCACCAGAUCAAGAACCAGUUGAAUGAUUUCUUCCACCCUCCCCCAGAUGAUAGUGGCAUGUACUAUGGUUUAUAAGAGUAGCUGUGAACAUGUGUCUUGCACCUGGACAUGUUCUUUUCGUUGGAGAUGGAAUUAAGAACAGAUCAGUACUCUUUGGAGAUUGAAAUAAGGACUGAUUACUGGACACUGAUAAAACGAUUUUAUUUGCAGUCUUUAGAAGACUCAAAGUAGCUGCCUUUACUGCUUAAAAUGUAUUUACAUACAAUAUAUACAUAUCCUCACCUUUUUAUGCAGAAAAUGUACUUGUAUUACCCCCCCCCCCUACAUGCUCUUGAACAGUGAUAAUAGUAAUCAGUAAUUCAAAGUAACUUAAGUCAAAGUACAUGUAGUAGUUUUCUUCCUGACUUCAUUCUUUUUUACAGAAAUGUUGUAAUGUAGAGGUAUGCCUCUUAAGUCAUAUUGCAUAUACCCAUAACUUGCAUGUUGUAUGGAAACUAUACAUAUUCUGGAUGGAAAAUGAACAAUAACUGCCAUUGCAAUUAGGCGCUUAUGUGUUUUGUUCCUAUACACCACUUCGUUUGGUUGAUUGUUAAUUACUAUUACUGGAUAUUAGAAAUGCAGCAGUAAAAUAUGUAACAUUUUAAAUGAAGAAUGUGAUAUGGAGCCCAUGAUAUAUAAUGAAAACAAAUUUGAAAUGUGUGUCAGUGUGUGUUGGAGGCAAAACAGGUGUUAUAUCAAGUUAUAACCUGACAGAAAGUAUAUAUAUAUAUAUAUAUAUAUAUAUAUAUAUAUAUAUAUAUAUAUAUUAGGCUUUAAAGCUUUGGUAGACACAAUUUUGAUAAGUUGAUGGUAGCAUCUUGUAUCAAAUGUUUUGAUUAUUCAAAUACAUAAUAAUCUAGAACUUAUUUAAUCACAUUUUUGAUGAACGCAUUACAGUAAUUAUAGUUCAAAGAUAAAAUUUGAAAUUAUUACAAUUAAAUUGACCAUUUACCUGUUUGCAGUAAAGUGCUUCAGCAAUUUGUUUGUUUGUUUUAUUUUUAUGAAGAGCAUUUUGUGGCUGCUUUACCGGUAAACUUCAAUUGCUUUAGGUUAGUUUAUCAUGCUUUUGGUACUUCACUACCACAACUACUUCGUGCUUCUCAGCCAGUGACAGAAAUUGCAUUUUAAUGAAUGUGGGUGAAAUUUUAUUUCCACAAGCCAUGUGAAUGGAGUUACAAAGUUUGAGCAAGUCUAGAUUAUAAACAGUGGAUCAAUUCUUCAUGUGAUACUGAUGUUUAGACUUUAACUGUAGCCUACAUACUGUAUGUCUAAAAUUAAGAUAUUUACUGUUUAACUUUAUUGUCAAGACCUGCUCCAUUUCGUCAAACUCUAUUUGCACAAUUUUUGAAAAUAACAUUUUGGUGGAGUAUAUUUACUGAACAAUUCACCAGCAGCACACCUAAGGGGUGUGUAUCUCAGUAUUCAAAGAUACAUAGCCAGGUGAAAUUUCAUGUGCCUGCAUGGAGCUUUUUUGCGUUAUAAAUGUAUUUUGUUGAAAUAAAAUUUCGUGAAAAACAUAU